CACAAAGGUCCCAAAACAGAUAAAAAUUACGUGAGAGAGAGUUUCAGAGAGUGUUUUCGGAAUGAAGGUAGUGCAUUGGCUUCUAACGGUGGCUGUGGCCUGGUGGUUUCGACAAGACGGAGCUGCCGCCAUGUGCGAACGCCAGUGUGGGGACGUGACCGUACCUUAUCCAUUCGGGAUCCGAAUCAAUUGUGCGAGGUCCCCAGAUUUUUUGCUCAGUUGCGCCAACUUCGAAGGGAGCGGUUUUCGACUACAGUUGGGGAAUCUUAUCAUCCACGAUAUCUCGACCAGGGACUCGACCAUGGUCGUCAGCCUCCCCGAAGCAUACGGAGCAUACCAGUGCUACGAUCAGAAUGGCAAGCCAGCAAAAAAAAGCAGUCCUGUGGUCAUCGAUCUGUUUCCACAUACUCGGUACAGAUUCUCGGAAACCCUGAACAAACUCACUGUCAUCGUCUCGGAAACCCUGAACAAACUCACUGUCAUCGGCUGCGACACCAUGGCGGUCGUGGCCAACACAGCAGGGACGUUCGGGAACGGGUGCGUCUCCUACUGCGGCAACACCGACGCCAACAUGACCACUUGCUCCGGUCAAGGUUGCUGUCAAGCAUCCAUCCCAAGGGGGUUGACGCUCAACAUUAGCAUCUCCUCCCUCAACCGAAACGCGUCGCCCUUCCAAGUCGGCCACUGUGCACGGGCCUUCGUGGCGGACAACAGGUCAUUCAAUAUCUCAAACUGGACUCCUCCGAGGUUUGAGGAUGUGGGCAACACCCCGCGCCUUGUUCUAGACUGGAUGAUCAAAUCGAGAUGCAACAUGACCCAGCGGAACAAGUCGAGCUAUGCCUGUGGUCGCUUCGCGAAAUGUAAGGACUUCGGGAAUGAACAGGGUUAUCGCUGCGCUUGCAACGAUGGGUACGAGGGGAAUCCCUAUGAUCGCUUAAAGGGGUGUCAAGACAUUGAUGAGUGCAAGGACCCAAAAAAAUACCCAUGUCGUGGAAAGUGCAAGAAUACGCUCGGGAGCUACGCAUGCCGGUGCCGGUUUGGAAUGCAGGGCAACGCUAGAGUCCCUUGCCAAAUUUCUCCUUGGGUCAUAGUUGUUUCAGCAAUUAUUGGGGCCUUGUUCUUCAUGGCUGUUGGUACUUUACUCUUUGCCAAGUGGCAAAGGAGGAGAAUCAAAAACAAAAACUUCAAUCGAAAUAGAGGAGAGCUCUUGAAACACCAAAGAGUUCAAAUCUUUACAGAGGCUGAGCUGGCAAAGUCAACCAACAAUUAUGCUGAUAGCAAUAAGCUUGGUGAGGGCGGUUUCGGUUCAGUCUAUAAAGCUAGAAUAGUAGGGGACAUCGUGGUUGCGGUCAAGAAGCCUAAAGAUGUGCACAAGUCUCUACUCAAGGGGGAUUUCCAACAUGAAUUGCAAAUUGUGAUGCAAAUAAACCACAAAAAUGUGGUGAAGCUCCAUGGCAUAUGUUUGGAGACUAGAAUACCCUUGCUAGUUUAUGAGUACAUUUCGAAUGGUACCCUAUUCCAACACAUCCAUCAAAAUGCGUCGACCAUCCUAGAAUCAUGGAAAAACCGGCUUAGAAUAGCCGCCGAAGUUGCUCUUGCACUAGAGUAUAUGCAUUCCUGUGCAGAACCCCCAAUCAUUCACGGAGACAUCAAGUCAGUAAACAUUCUUCUGGAUCAAAAUUACUCUGUAAAAGUUUCUGAUUUUGGAACUUCAGUACUUAUAUCACCAGAGUGUAGUCAUGUUGUUAAUAAUGAAAUACAAGGCACAUUGGGCUACAUCGAUCCAGAAUAUUUAACCACCGGUAUACUAACAAUUAAAAGUGAUGUAUAUAGCUUUGGAGUUGUCCUUGUGGAGUUGCUCACCGGAAAGAAGCCUACAAGUUUUAUUACAAAGUCUGAAGAGUCAAUCAAUAUUAUCCAUUAUUUCAUCUCUUCCGUGAAGGAUAAGACACUCUCUGAAGUCAUAAGCUUCGACGUCGCUACUGAAGAUGAAAUGGAGAGAGCAGGAAUGGUUGCUGAGGUUGCAGCGAAGUGCUUGGACCCAAGCGGUGCGAGGAGGCCGGCAAUGAGGGAAGUGGCCGAGCAACUCGCCAAGAUUAACCGCGAGUUUGACAGCUCAACAAUUGAAGAAAACAAUGAAGAGACCGAAAGCAUGGUGGAUGAAGAAAACCUCUACUCCCAUGCAAUUUCAACUACUUCCGGGAUGAGCCAACAUGGGACGACGAGCUCUCUUUUCUAUUCUGCAGGUUCCAGCAUCUAAUCCUUUGUUACUAUAAUGACGUGUCUAUGAAUUGUCCAUAAGGACUUCUAGGGUUGAUUGUGUAUUCUAUAUAUAUGUUACAUUUGCCAUUUAUUUUGCUUAAAGUUGUGGAAGCAUUUGUGCAAGUUUAAUUGUGGCAAUCUAAUAUCGUAGUGCACUGAGGCAAGCUUUUAGAAGGCCGACAUAUGGUCAUUUUGACAUUAUUAUAACCUCUCUUUCCCUU